AUGGCUCCUACCGCGACGUCGCACUCCCCAAUGUUACCAUUCAGCGCGCCUGAUCAGGCGCUAGCUCCCAUCCGGCGUAUAUGCUGUGUGGGAGCAGGUUACGUAGGAGGACCGACGUGUACGGUAAUAGCCCUCAACUGCCCAUCCAUCAUCGUUACCAUCGUCGAUGUCAAUCCUGACCGUAUUGCAGCUUGGAACAGUCCUCCAGACGAGAACGGCAACCUGUCAAAUUUGCCAGUCUACGAGCCUGGCUUGGCAGAAGUGGUCAAGCAGUGCAGGGGCAGAAACUUGUUCUUCAGCACUGAUAUCGAUGCAGCCAUAGAACAAGCUGACCUGGUCUUCGUCAGCGUCAACACACCUACCAAAAAGAGCGGAAUGGGUGCCGGCUUUGCAGCCGAUCUGCAGUGAGUUGGAGAGCGUGCUGACGUCUUUCCCUCGCAAUCGGAAAGCUGACGAGAGAUUUAAUGUCCUCGCUUGUCCCUUCAUCUUGCCUAGCUAUGUCGAAGCGUCCACACGCCGCAUUGCAGCAGUAUCCACUUCCUCUAAAAUCAUUGUAGAGAAGUCGACUGUGCCAUGUCGAACGGCCGCGUCUAUGCGUACCAUCUUGGAGUCCAACAGUCGACCAGGACUUCGUUUUGAUAUUCUCUCUAAUCCAGAAUUCUUGGCCGAAGGAACUGCCAUCUCCGAUCUGCAGAACCCUGAUAGAGUGCUCAUUGGCAGCUUGGACACGAGUGCAGGGCGGAUCGCUGCUGCUCGCCUGGCCUCCGUCUAUGAGCAUUGGGUGCCUCAAUACCGAAUCUACACGACGGGUCUGUGGAGCUCUGAGCUCAGCAAGCUGGUAAGUCUCUGCUGCGCGCCUACGUAUCUCCAUGUCGUUGCCUCCACGAGCUGAUCAAGCCUGCAUGUUGAAUUCACAGGCGGCCAAUGCUCUCCUUGCGCAGCGCAUUUCCUCCGUCAAUGCCAUGGCUGCCAUUUGCGAGGCGACUGGGGCGGACGUCAACGAAGUUGCCCACGCGUGCGGUCUGGAUGCUCGUAUCGGACCCAAGUUCCUGCAAGCCAGCGUGGGAUUCGGCGGUUCUUGCUUCCAAAAGGAUAUUCUGAACCUCGUCUACCUGAGCGAGUCUCUCAACCUGCCUCAAGUUGCCGAGUAUUGGAAGCAGGUGAGCAGCAAUGCACCCACGCGCAGCCGAGAGCAUGUCAAUCUGGCUCACAUUCUGCGUUCUUUGCUCGCGCAAUGCAACAGGUCAUUACGAUGAACGAGUGGUCCAAAACUCGAUUCUCGAACAAGGUUGUGAGCACCCUCUUCAACACCAUCACCGAGAAGCGCAUAGCCGUGCUCGGCUUCGCCUUCAAGAAGAACACUGGAGAUACGCGCGAAUCUGCUGCUAUCACUUUGUGCAGGAACUUUAGACAGGAGAGAGCAAAGGUGGUCAUUUACGAUCCCAAAGUUCCACAAUCUCAAAUGUAUCUCGAUCUGACCGAGCCUGGCGUGGUGGAUGACCGCGAAGCUGGUGAGUGAUGCAAGGCUCGGAGUGAGUAAGGUUCAACGUGAACGAAAUUGACGCGCUCUUCUUUGUCUGGAUCUGCUCUGCAGUGCGCCAACAGGUGACGAUUGCAUCUUCUGCCCUCGAGGCGUGUGCCGGCGCAGAGGCCGUCGUUAUCGCGACGGAGUGGGACGAGUUCAAACACUUGGACUGGAGAAAGGCAUACCAGAUCAUGUCCAAGCCCGCCUUUGUCUUUGAUGGGCGCGGCAUCGUCGAUGCCAAGGCUUUGAGAGCCAUCGGUUUCAAAGUCCACUCUGUCGGAAAAGGCCCCGAAAUCGUUGAUCCUAUCUGGAGCUGA